ACCUGAGUGAGGGGCGCCCGGCUCACAAAAAAGGUCCCACAACAGCUCCAAAGAGUAACACUGUGUACAGCAAGUACAUAUCCAGCAACAAUUCAAGCUGCCUGCCACUCACCUGGCUACACGUCAACUUCAUAACAUUACGGUUUUCCGGCUACUCCGCUUAGGUAGGCUUUAUGUACAUACGCUUUCAGCGCACAGGUGCGAUACCUAAUCCUAAUAAGAUCUUUAUCCUCGUCAAGUUCUAACAAAACUCCCCUAAUUUGAACGUUGAAUUACAGGAUCCUGCAUUGUUGCAAGUUUGGAAGGAAGAUUGUUUACCUGUAACUGAUUGCCAGCAGAAGCGGACUCGCAACCAGACUUCGUCUUUGAAUCUGUUGCUGCCAGGACAGCAGCGGAGUUGGUGUAAGUAAAUACUUGCUGAAAGUCAGCUGCCGAAGCCUCAGGCUCAGCCACGUUGGUUCCGCUGCCCCCAGUCAAUGAGAGCCAGCUAGUCCAAAACGCUGCUUCAGAGUCGACCAAAUGCUCUCCAAACGUCUUUGAAAGCCUACCUUGAUUGUGAACUCAGUUCCCCGAAGCAACAGUGUUCUGCACCCUGAAAGAUGGUUCCAGAGAGAGUUGCGUCUUUCAAGAGUAUGCUGGGAAGCUCUACUGUGGCUGUUCCCUGUCCUGGAGGGGCUCAAACAUGGCAGCCUUCGCUCAUAUGAAGGAGAACGCCUUCGACUUUUCGCUCCUGCCUUCAAGCAAACACGCAAAGGGCCUGACAGCUGAAGCAUUGGGUGCAGAUAGAGGCGCCACUGGUGCAAACAUAAAGCCGAGCUCUCAGCCGACCGUCCAGGGUUUCCUCAGCACAGGCCAGGCCUCACCCUCUGUGUUUAGGAUCUUGCAAGACAUGGGGAAGGUUUCCAAGCACAUGGAGGGGUUGGACGGUUUGCAUUCGUUUGCCACGAAUACAAAUGCAGAGGAGGGCAAAUUCAGUCGUAGGAGAACCUUCCAAGAGCUGCUGUGCACGUUGGGAGACUACAUCAACGGGGUCUCUAGCCAGAGACACUCUCAUCACAAGAGCAGACUGGCUGCCGCGUUCCAAUCAUGCACGCACAGUCGCUUUGAUGAUUACCAAAGGCACGACGGUGAUCAUGCCAUGGAGACAGUCUACGAGGAGGGGCCCGACGCCUCUCUUGCCAGCCCGCCGCCUCUAACCCCGGGGAAACGAUCCCCGGCCGUCUACCUUUCUGAGAUCUCCCAGUGGGACUUAUCCCCCGGUCCCUCCAGCCAUACCCUCCUGUGGAACAGCCCGCGUGACGGCCCGCUCGCGAGCAACGCGCUCCUGCCGACGUCACCCAACACGCCCAAACCCCCCAGGCCAAACAUGUUCAAGUCAGGGGGAUACCUAGAGAGCGGUGUAGAGAACUUAGCUUUUCAUCAGGGCGGUCUAGUGAGUCCCGGUCAGUACGUAGCGAGUCACUUCAAGGGCCUGAACCUGGGCCAAGGGCAACGCAAGCGUGUCCGCCACGUGUGAACAUCACGUGCAUUUACUAAGAGGUCGACAGCCGCAGCCUAAUCACACUGUGGCCUAAGGAACCACACUCCGAGAUUGUUGGACUCAACGAAGUUGAGAAAUUAGACGAUGCGGGGUUGAACAACUUAUUUCAAGUGUUGCGCGUCUGAGACUGAGCUAAGCUCGAUAUGAUAAUUUGCGAGGCAAUUA